GUUCCUUUUGGUGCUAAUCUCUUUCCCCUUAUCAGCUUUCUCCCUUAUCAAAGAAAAAGCGAGACGCGAGCGAAGCGUAUGUGAGUGAAGGGGGUGCGCCGUCAGCAUCGGAAGGACCGACUAUUAUGGCGUUCACUUCGGACGAAGCGCUCGGUCUUGGCUUCUUGCUCAGCAGUUUGCUCUGUCUCGGAACAUGGCCGGCUUUGCUGCGCUUGUGCUCUAUGACCCCUCAUAGUAACAGCAGCAAUAGUAGUCCUGCCACACGAGUAUCGUCGUCAUUGUCACCCACGCCAAGAAAUUUAUGUCACGUGUACAUGGAUUACGCCACGACGUACUUUCUCAUUUCUUCAGUUCCGCUGCUUGUUGACUUGUAUCAUCGAGAAAAGCUGUUGAAGCUUGCCGAAACGACGGCAUCGUCUUUUGUUCCUCCGCAACUGAUCUUCGUUGCCAUGCUAGGCGGUUCGCUUCUCAGCCUUGGAAAUUUGUCACUACAGUGGGCCACCGCAGUGUUUGACGCAUCCUUGACCACCGUUCUGGCCUUGCAGGCCUCGCUUACGGUUGUCUUGGGUACCACGUUAAAUUAUCUCUUGGAACCAUCGCAAACUGCCCGCCCGCGCGUACUGGGCGUGGGUGUUGGGGUGUUUUUGCUGGCGAUUGGUCUGGCCACUCGAGCUCAAAUCGUGUACAGUCAAGAGAAACGAUGGGUACGGCUCCGUCGAAACGAUUCCGAUUGGAACACCAUUGAAAUGGAGCCACCACACCAUACGUCAAAUAUACGGAAACCCACAGGAUCUAUUGCGGCAAAGACAAACUAUGGAUCUGAGCUAGAAUCAUCCAGUCUCACUAAUUCUGAAACGGAGCACGGCGACGGCACCAUAUUUUCGGACAGAAACCCAGUAUCAAUCUGCUCCACCAACAAGUCGCUGUUACCACUGUCCAAUGAACACACUCUCGCUCUACAAAAGGACUACAGUCUAAUUUCUAAACCAAUGUGGGGUGUUGUCGUUGCAACCGCCGGUGGUCUAUGCUUCGGCUUUUUUAGUCCCUGUUUCAACAUUGCCGUCAACGAUCCUUUCAAUUGGCGGCAUCUGGACGACACCAAUACGGAUUGUACAACACCGGAAUAUUUGGCCACAACAGCUGGUCUCUCGGUCUCCCGGGCAAAUUUUUGGUUCAGUCUCGCGUUCUGGAUGGCUAGUGCCCUGGGCAACGUAGUCUUAUUGUCCUGGCAACAGCGUUCGGUUUCCGUAUAUCAUGUUGUACUGGACUAUGUUGCGGUCGAUGCAGCGGCCGACCGUGUUUGGGCCUGGUUGGCAGGUGUGGUGUGCGCGCUGGGCAACGUUUUGCAGUUUCAAGGUGGACAACGGGUGGGAUACGCUACUGCCGACUUGGUCCAGGCCUAUCCUUUGAUAUCAACCAUCUGGGAUAUUUUUCUUUUUGGGGAGUUUGCUACGGUUCGAAUGAAGUCCCACCUGGGUUGUUUGUUGCUCGGAAUGUACGCAUCGUAUUUGGCCGGCAUCUUUUUACUUGCGGCUAGCUCCAUGCAAGAAUGA